ACACUUGUAAAGGAUCAGCGUUCUACAAUGACUUUGUAGUCGCUGAGUUUUGUAAAUGAGGAGUCCUGACAGUAGAAUACAUGUGUCUUAUAUUUAGCCAUGUGAACAUGUAUAAAAUAUGAUAACUGAUAGCAAAUUGUUUGAUUAUAUCAACAGUCGAAUAAGUCGUCUAUGAAUGAUUCGUGUUAUCCGUUGCGCGGUACCAUUAAUUUUCAGAGUGAUUCGAGAAGGAAUAGUUUUCAAAAGAUGAAUUAACAAUAUUUUGGCUGAUAUUUACCUCCACGUGUUUACAACAAGCCUCAAAAUUUAGAUCAAAAAACACAGGUUAUAUCAGACAGUUUCCUACGUACAAUCAGUUUCAUAUUCCGCAAGGAAAAUUCCCACCUUAUUUAGUAGAAGAAAUUAUAUUGGUUGAAAAGAUGGUUAAACACUAUGAGGAUAGUGUAAUUUUCCAAUUUAAUUGGAAUCAAGUUGCACAAGCAUUUUGGCAAAGAUAUCCAAAUCCUAACAGCGCUCAUGUGCUAACAGAAGACACUAUAUCAAGAAGAGUUAGAAAUGGAAUUUUACAUAGUACAAGGCUCCUGACAAAAACUAAUAAACGUGUGCCCAAGUGGGGAGAAAGGUUUAUUAAAACCAAUGUUGUAAAAAUUGUUGAAGAGAGUACGGUAGAUUUGAAGGCAAAAACUUUGACAACAUAUACGCGAAAUUUGGGCUAUACUACAGUUAUGAGUAUCGUCGAGAAGGUUGUUUAUAAAGUUUGCGAUGAGAAUCCAAAUUGGACGAUAGCAAAAAGGUCCGCAUGGAUAGACAGUCGAGCUUUUGGAUUUAGUAGGGCUAUACAAGCGUUUGGGCUGGAUAAAUUUAAAAAGAAUUGUAAACAGAUGUAUACUGGUUUCAAUUACGUUUUAGCGCAUAUGUUUCCACACACGGCGCAACAUAUGAAUCCUCAAAUGGGAAUCGCUCAUCGUCUUGACGAAGCAGCCGGAGCAAAAGCUAGUCUCGCGGAAGGUUUUCAAACUUCUUUGCAAGGCAAAGCGGAGAAAGUAAAGGAUGCUGCAAAGAAAGCGAAAGAUUUAGCAAAGGAAAAAGCUGGAACGAUUUAUGUGGUAUAAACGUUUUAACCAACAACGUCGUUUUCGUGAAAAAAUUGUAAAAAAUAUUUUGAUAAAUUGAAAAAUGUAAA